AUGGACGCCAUUAAGAAGAAGAUGCAAGCCAUGAAGAUCGAGAAGGACAACGCUCUCGAUCGUGCCGAUGCCGCUGAAGAGAAGGUCCGUCAGAUUACCGAGAAGCUCGAAAGAUGCGAGGAGGAGCUCAGAGACACCCAGAAGAAGAUGACUCAAACCGGAGACGAUUUGGACAAGGCUCAGGAAGAUCUCUCUGCUGCCACUUCCAAGCUCGAGGAGAAGGAGAAGACCGUCCAAGAGGUCUAUUCUUUCACAAGCACAAAACGAUACGAUCAAGAUGUUGAAACUCAUCGAACAUCGACAAUCCUCUAUCAGGGACUUUUCCGGAAACCCCUUUCGCCAACUGUUCCCUUUUCCAGUUCAGUCAUUUUUGCCAACUUCUUCCCACCUAAAUCCAAUCCUAUCCGUUAA